UAAAAAUUGGUAUGAAUCGCGAAGGAACCACGAGAAUUCGAAUCGCGACUCUGGUUAUUAUUUUCGCAAUUGCCAUAAGAGCUUCAUAUCAGCAAGAUUCAAAUGUUUCAAGUGUAGACGCGGAUGGAAAAUGGGAAUAUUUCAGCAAAUGCUAUGACGAAAUAGGUUGCGUAAGGACCGAUUCAAACUGGUAUGACGAGAAAUUCAGGCCAGUCAAUUUGAAACCAGUAGACCGCAGAAUUAUCAAAACUGAUUUCGUCUUUAUCAAACUCAACAGAACCAAGGACGCAAGUUUAAAAUUUGGUGUCGUCACUCCAGAUGUCAAAUCCAUAAAAGGUUCAGGUUUUAUCAAGAACGAAAUUUUAUAUAUUUUGAUUCACGAUUUUACUAGCAACGGCUACACUGGUUGGAUAAAGCAUAUCUCGGAAAUCUUGCUGGCGAGAAAAUAUGUCAACGUGGUAUCCAUAGAUUGGCGUCACGGAGCGGAACCGCCAUACGACCAGGCAGUCGCCAACGCGAGGGUUGUAGCCUUGGAAAUUAUUAACCUGAUCAAAGUUUUGAGGGAACACCUUUCUUUAGAUCUAGAAAAGGUCCAUAUUAUUGGGCACGGCGUUGGUGCCCAUAUCGCAGGCUACGUUGGCAGUGUCUUCGGGAAAAUCAAAAAAAUAUCUGGUUUGGAUCCAAACGGACCUCGGUUCGAAGGAAUGCCGGAUAUGGUUAGAUUAGAUCCUUCGGAUGCGCAAUACGUAGAAGUAUUACACACAGACGCCUUCAGAUCGAUUAGUCAAGGUUCCACCUACGCUUUUGGACACAGUGAUUUUUUCCUGAACAAUGCCAAGGAACAACCGGGAUGUGCUGAAAAGGACAGUAAAAAUAUAUUAACAUUAAAACGCGAUUCCGUCGGGGAAGGCACUAUUGUCCCCGGCUGCAGUCACAAACGGUCUUUUAAAUACUUUAUAGAAGCCUUAGAAGAACGCGAAUGCACUUUUUUGGGGAUACAAUGCGAAAAUUAUGAAAAAUUUUCCAAAGGAAAAUGCGCCACCUGCGGGAGUAAAUGUAAAACAUUCGGUGGCGUGACGUAUCACGAUCCGGAACCCGCGAGUUAUUUUCUGAAUACAGGGAUACAGUAUCCAUAUUGCAUGUAUCCGUACCGGCUGACCGUGCACGUGGGUAAAAAGGGAAAAUCGCAACAUUACAAUGGCCGUUUUGAUUUACUCUUGGUUGACGUUGCGAGCUUGGUUGCUAGUUCUUCGAUGCCGGAAUCCGGAGAAUUUGAAGCAGGUGUUAAGAAUACAUUCAUCUUUUACGCCAAGGAACCUGAAUUGGGAUUUAUCAGAGAAGCUAGGAUCAAAUGGAUUAGUGAUAAGAAAAAAUUUUGUCUGUUUAACUGCCAGCAGCCAAUUCACGUGGAUAAGGUAGUCGUUAGCAGUCUGAAAAGGGAUCCGAAACAAGAAAAAGAAAGCGUGCUCUGCCCGAAAGGUAACCUUACGGAAAUAGAGACGGGCGAUUACCACAUAUUUUACCCUUGCUAAACGGUACGUAAAACGUGGCGAAAUAAAACAUUUUUCGGCA